GACCACCCUUUAAAAGUGUCAUUUACUCAACCUGCAGAGUCACGCAACAGCUCAGGCGUUGUAAAGAACCCUGCGACGCACGAUGAAAGUCAUCAACCUCGGUCCAGACCCUUCUCUGGUGUAUCGACCCCAUUUAGAAAAGGAGGAUGGAAAAGACAGAGCAGAGUACAGGAACUUUGAGAGUGGGGACCUUAUCGACAGAGUCUACAGCACCUAUAAGAUGAUGCACACCAACCAGACGCUGGACUUUGUCAAAGAGAAGCACGUCACGUGGACCGAUUGCAACCACACCCGGAUGACCAUGAUGGAGAGCAUCGAAGCCUUAAACCAGCUGGUGGACGAGUCAGACCCCGAUGUGGACUUCCCCAACUCCUACCACGCCUUCCAGACAGCUGAGGGGAUCCGCCAGGAGCACCCAGACAAAGACUGGUUCCAGUUGGUGGGACUCAUCCAUGACAUUGGGAAGAUCAUGGCACUAUGGGGAGAACCUCAGUGGGCUGUGGUGGGGGACACAUUCCCAGUGGGCUGCAGGUUCCAGAGCUCCAUCGUCUUCAGAGACACCACAUUUGUGGACAACCCUGAUGACAAGAACCCGUGCUACAACACAAAAUAUGGAAUAUACAAGGCCAAGUGUGGCCUGGACAACGUCUUCAUGUCAUGGGGCCAUGACGAAUACAUGUACAGAGUGAUGAAGUUCAAUAACUGCCCCAUUCCAGAGGAGGGGCUUUACAUGCUACGCUUCCACUCCUUCUACCCCUGGCACUGCCAUGGAGACUACAUGCACCUCUGCAAUGACAAGGACUUGCAAAUGCUGCCCUGGGUCAAGGAGUUCAACAAGUUUGACCUUUACACCAAAACCACACACCUCCCUGAUGUGGAGGAACUGAAGCCCUACUACCAGUCUCUCAUCGACAAAUACUGUCCAGGGGAACUGUGCUGGUGACGAGCAGGGUGUCGAAAGAAAUUUUUCAAGAAUUCUUUCCCAAGCAUCACCUCUUCAUAUCCAUUUUGCACUAAAAGAAAUAACAUGGUCUAAAUUUCAACAUAAUAUAAUCAUUUGUAAUGGUUGCUCAAGUGCAAUCGCUUGUAUGUACCAAGGAUACAUUAUAUCAUCAUACCUAAAGCCAUUUUACUCAGCAAAUCCACUGCCCACAGUACCUUCAGUCAGUUUGCUAUGAUGUUCUCUGAAGGAAUUCUCUCAGGUAUAAUGGUAUAUUUGUAUUUUUGUACAUGUCUAAACAUAUUGUGAGAAAAUAGUCAACUUUAUUCCAAUACCAUUACCGUUUCAUUUCAGAGAAAAGGGUAUUGCUAGUAUAAAUUAAAAACAAAAUUAAAAUAACAUCCUUGGUACAAAAGUAAAAUGUCAGCAUUAAGAUUACCCAACAGGUUUCCUCCCCCGCAGUAAUGAAAAGGUCAUAGAAUAGUAUCAAUGGUAAUAGAAAAGGAAAAAAAAAAAAAAAAAAAAAAAAAAGUGACCUGUUGGACAUGAUAUAGAUUUACCAUAAAACUCACCAUCAGCAAAACAGAAGAGUUCCAGGGGUUAGACUUCAAGAAAAAGCAGACUAUUUUUGCCAUAUCCCUCAUUGGAACCCUCCUGAAAGGGUGAUGAAGUGUGGUGCAGAUUUGCUAUAAACUGCUGCGCUCACCACUGCAUAAAAUCAGUGACAAAGAAGAUCACAGGUGGCACAUUCACAAAUGUAACUUCUGUAAGCUCAUGAAUGUUUAACAUUACUGGAGAAAUGGAUGUUACUAUAACACAAUGUGAAAAAUACUUGAAAAUCUUUAUUAUAAUUUGAAAGCAAACAUUAAAAAAAGCAUUGUUAUUUUGUUUUCUUUGAUGUAAGGAGAAUCUUUGGGUCAGACAAGCAGAAGACAUUCCUUCUUUGCAAAAAGAGAAUUGGAAAGCUUAAAAGAAUCAUUACCAAGCCACGAGAUGUCAGGAUAAAAAUAACCUGGGCAGAAACUACACCACAGAAAUCAAUGACGGGACCACGAUUAACCAGGCUACAUUCUCUGUGAGUUUGUAACAUGCCUUAAGACUCCACAAAACACAUAAAACAUUACAAGAAAAAUCAGAUGGUUUUUCGUUUGGGGACGUUCAACGUGUCUGUGGAUGUGUGGUUGAAUCCAUCUGCAGUUACGCUUUCUACAGGUGAGUGAGCGAAUAACCGAGAGGCACUCAUACUAUGAUGGCCUGGAAAGAGGUCAGCUAAAUCAAAGUGGUUAAACAAGCAUUUCUAGGACAUCCUGAUAACCAUUAAACACUGACCUGUUAAGGAACUCAGCAAUAUUUCAAUAUGCCACCUCCUAAAAGGAACAUAAUCAUCAGGCAGCUUAUGUUGAACAGGCAUAGAUCACAAAACAAGAAAGGCAGAAAUAAGCUGCCCAUCAUAAUUAAGACUGAUGCUAAUGGAAAUGUCAUUACAUCAUAAGAAAUCCCAACCUGACAUUUACAGUAUUUUGUGGUGAUUUCAUAAUAUAUAUAUAUGCAAUAGAUAUUAAACAGGCAAAGGAAAAAAAGGCAUCAGUUCCCCAAAGCAGCAUUAAUACAUUUCUCCCACUUAAGGAAAAACCACAGAGAUUAUACCUUUUAACCAUUUUAAAAUGGAACUACUGCAAAAAGCCUUCAUACUUUCAGCAAAUACAUUCCCACUCUUUCAGUAGCUGCUUGUUUAGGUGCAGAUAUUGGUUAUUGGUCAACAGCAUAUUUAACAGUUAGGACCAUUUCUGGUUUCAAGUUUUAAAUCUUUAGUUGCAGAGGAUUUAAAUAAACUUCAGACCUGCAUUGCAUCCUACGCAACUAAAACGUUGUUCAAGCCUUCACUCUGUUUUCCAUUGACAAUACACACAAAGCAUGAUACCAGUACUAUUUUCUAGAGAAAUCAAAACAACUACACCAAGUAUGGUUGCUUCAAUAGCAGUCACUUCCAUUUUACCACAGUACAGUGCAACUAGGAACUGUUGUGUUUGGUGUACCCUGGUACCAUUCUGUUACUAGUGUUGAAAAGGUACUGCAAGAGCUAUAGGUACUUCUCCCAAAAAAAAAAAAAAAAAAAAAAAA